UCUCUCCUCUCUUCUCUCUCUCUCUUCGCCAUUUUUGCAGAGAGCAUUCACCCGAAAGAAAACGCAAAAGAUUCAAGAAGAAGGGUUUGACGCCAUGCCCACCUCCCUGAACAGGUGGUGGAUCUUCAUCUUCGUCCUCUUCGUCUCCUUCCUCGUCUCGCUCCGCCAUCGCAGGGGCUCCAGCGCCCAUCUGCAUGGCCAGCCCUUCCCCCCUCCCCCCUUCUCUCCGGAUUCGCUCUCCCCCGUCCUGCUCCAGAGGAGCAGCGACGACGACGACGACGAUGGCGCGGUCGACAAGGAGGGGGGAGACCCCGCCCUCGGGCUCCAGUACGACUUCUACCGCCACACCUGCCCUGCCGCUGAAGAUAUCGUGAGGUCAUCCAUGGCCAGAAUCUACUCCCAACACCCCGAUGUUGCCCCCGCGUUUCUCCGUCUCCUCUUCCACGAUUGCUUCAUCAGGGGUUGCGAUGCUUCCGUUCUCCUGGACGACAGCCAGGGAAACCGCAGCCAUUCCAUAGAAAGGCAGGCCAUCCCCAACCGGACCCUCAAGGGUUUCGACAGAAUCGAUUCCAUCAAGCAGGAGCUGGAAGAUCGUUGCCCUGGGGUCGUUUCUUGCGCCGAUGUCCUCGUGCUCGCCACCCGGGAGGGCAUUGUCCUGGCUGGUGGCCCGUUCUAUCCACUUUUCACUGGCAGGAGAGACAGUAUUCAGUCCUAUUUCGCAGAAGCAACGGCUGAAAUUCCUAAGCCAGACGAUAAUGUUUUCCGGACACUCCACCUAUUCGGUCUCAGAGGUUUCGACGAGAGAGAAACAGUCAGUCUCUUAGGAGGGCACAAUAUUGGCAAGAUUGGUUGCGAGUUCAUUCUGGAACGCUUGCACAAUUUCUUGGGGACAGGUCAGCCAGACCCAACCAUAUCUGCAGACUUUCUCAGUGAGUUGAGACACAACUGUGAAGACAGUCAGACAAGCAGCAAUAGCAGCAGUGGCACUCCCCUGCUCAUGGAAUCAAGGAGCCUUACUAAGUCUGAUUUGGGUUUGACAUACUUCCCACAGUUAGUGACUUCAAUAUCAUCCGGAUCAAGCUUCGACACACAUUAUUACCAGAGCUUGCUUAGGGGGAGAGGUCUUCUAUACGCUGAUCAGCAGUUAAUGACCGAUGAGAGAACUGCAAGUGUUGUAAGGGCUUAUGCCUCGGAUGAUGGAUCAGCCUUCAGAUUGGACUUUGCUCGUGCUAUGAUGAAAAUGUCAAGUCUUGGUAUAUUGUCUGGAUCAGAUGGUCAGAUCCGAAAAAAUUGCUCGUUUAUCGCCAACGGCAAUUGAGAGAAAAUAUUACUUGGGCAGAUUGUGCUCUCUUUAAUCCUCUCAGUGGCUCAUCUCGGCAUCUUCAGGUCUUGAGAUUGAUGACACCAGCAAAUUGUGCACGAACGACCACAACUCCAUCCCAAUAUUAAGCUGAACCAGCAAGCAGCGAUAAUGAAGUUUUCAGCAACAAUAGGCAGCUAUUUCGGUGACAAACUAUGUCAUAAUGCUUCAGAGCAUUGAGCGUUCUUCUUAUGCAAUGUAAACAAUCACUAACCUGUGUAACUUUCUCUUCUCGGCUUUACGAAUGUAUCCUGCCAGAAAAGAACCAGUCAAUUUUGGGAAAUGGUGACCUUUGUCUGCUUAGCAUCUUUUCCA